GCGAAUUGAAAUGAAGAAUAUCACAAAUCCUCCGGAAACCUCCGCCGGAGGAAAGAAGCGUCGGCGAGAGGAAGAGGAAGUUGGUUGCAGUCACGCUGCAAAUGAUGAUCAGUGUUUUUCUCUCCAGGAUGAACUUACCUAUAGCGAUACUUCUGUCGCGCUUCGGAUGAUGCGGGCUCAGUUUCCUCGCAUUGACCAGGCUUCGGUGCCGCCAUUCAUAUUACAGUCGCAGUUGUACAGUAGCGUCAACGAUAGAACCCAAGUCGAUAGAGAACUUGAGCUUCUAAGAAGGGAUAAAGUUGUUCGUGUUUUCAAACUCAACACUGGACAAGAUGAUCAUGCUGUUAUCUUUUUGGAUGACUAUCUUAACCAGGUUGAUCGAAUAGUAAAGAGGAUGGAAGGGAAAAAACAGAAUGAUACUGAUAUUUUCAAGUGGUUCAAAGAACAUGUCGUUGAUUCUAAACUCGAACCCAGUAUUGGACAUCAUGAGCUUUGUUCUCUCUUGUCAUUGGGUGGAAAGGUGAAGGAUGAGCACAUCACUCUCUUAAUUAACGCUGGCCUUCUCACACGCCAACUUAUCGAUCCAGACAUGUACUGGUUUGCCAUUCCCAAUAUUGGCAAACUGUGGAAGGCUCUGUUGCAGGGAAGGAAGGAGCUACUCUCGUUGCUAAAGCGCAAGCGACAUAAAGAGAUGUUCAUGGCCGAGCUUGAAAAGAAACGACUCCGCUACUCCCCUCUCGAUAUGAGAUUUCACCUUCGAGAUCUCAUUGGCUCCCGUCACCUCAAAACUUUUCAAACCACUUCUGGUUUGGUUGUUCGUGUAUCAACCGACUAACCCUCUUGUUCCAGGUCUCUCAACACAACAGACAGUCAUCGCCGGGACUCAGUUUGAUUCAUUUUUAUUAAGUACACACAUCCGCUUAAUGUUGUCAAUGAUUUAGCCAAUCUUGUUAAGAUAUAUAUAUUGUUCAAAAGGAGAAGAGUCAAAGCUAAAUCAAUAGACGAUUGUGUUUUUUAUACAGAAUAGUUGACCUUGCUUAUACACAGAGAAAUUAACUACUACUUA